ACGGUGGUCUGUGCUGCGGUGGAAGAGGGCAGGAGACACACAACUAGGGAGAUGGCGCGGCAUCCGACCGGAGCGCAAGGACAGCUGGUUAGCGGUGGGGGGGCUUGAAUUAUAAAGAGAAUCAGGAAAAAAAAUUUAAAAUAUAUUUAUUUAUGUUUAUACCAGGAAAAAGGGGGAUUCGGAAAAAGGAGUUUCCACCCUGCCGGACUGUACCAGAGGUAGGACAAUAAUCCAAAAGCCUUUAGGGGAAAUACAAGGAGAAGAGGCAAUAGCAAAAGGCUGCUGCAACAAGAAAAGGGAAGAAUCAAAAAGCAACAAAAGACAAUUGAAGUUUACUGGACGUGAGGACUUCUGGACAUCGCUACCUGCGGUAGGUCAGAUAGAUGGUUUGUCCACAGCGCUGCCCGGAUCAUGAACGCACAUCUGUCGAUGGAGAAUAUUGGCGACAUGCACGGAGUGAGCCAUGAGUCCGUGACCGGCCACGGAGAGCUGCUGAGUGGCCACAGUCCGCAUUCCCGUCCGAGCCCCCGGGGUCUGGGCCACCGCGCCAUGGGCAUGGCGACCCUGCUGGACAGCGGAGACUAUCACCCCGGCCACCCGGGACACCUGCAUCCAGCCAUCAGCAUGUGCGAAGUCCCCCCUGGCAUGAGUGCGAGCAGCACUUACACCACCCUGACUCCGCUGCAGCCCUUACCCCCCAUCUCCACGGUGUCCGACAAGUUUCCUCCCCAUCACCACCACCACCACCACCACCACCACCAUCCCCAUCAUCCACACCCCCACGCUCACCAACGGAUCCCCGGGAACGUCAGCGGCAGCUUCACGUUGAUGCGAGAGGACCGGAGUCUGGCGCCCAUGAAUAGUCUGUAUCCCGCAUAUCAUCACAAGGAUCCCUGCAUGGGCCAGAGCUUGUCCCCGCUGUCUGGUUCCGGGCUGGCCAGCAUACACACGUCCCAGGCUGGCAUCCCUCCCUAUGCCCUCCCCGGCGCUGCCAUGCCUGGUGAGAAGAUGCUCACCCCCAGCGGCUUCGAGGCUCACCACCCGGCCAUGCUCGGCAGACACACGGAGCAGCACAUGAGCUCCUCGGCGGGCAUGGUACAAAUCAACGGCCUCCACCACCACCCGCACGCUCACCUCGGCGCGCAGGGGCACGGCCAGGGGCUGGGGAACAGCCGGGAGCAGGCCUCCGGGCCCGGGCAGCAAGGGGGCGGAGGAGGCGGUGUGUCUGGCGGACAGAUGGAGGAGGUGAAUACCAAAGAGGUGGCGCAGAGGAUCACCACGGAGCUGAAGCGCUACAGCAUCCCUCAGGCCAUCUUCGCCCAGCGGGUCCUCUGCAGGUCCCAGGGGACCCUGUCCGACCUGCUGAGAAACCCCAAACCCUGGUCCAAGCUCAAGUCCGGUAGAGAGACUUUCCGCCGCAUGUGGAAGUGGCUGCAGGAGCCUGAGUUCCAGCGCAUGAGUGCGCUCAGGCUCGCAGGUGAGCGAAGCCUCGCAUGCAAGCGUAAGGAACAGGACCACGGCAGAGGGGAGCGAGGGAGCGCGAGCAAGAAGCCCCGGCUGGUGUUCACGGACGUGCAGCGGCGGACGCUUCACGCCAUCUUCAAGGAGAACAAGCGUCCAUCAAAAGAGCUGCAGGUCACCAUCUCCCAACAGCUGGGCCUGGAGCUGACCACGGUCAGCAACUUCUUCAUGAAUGCACGCCGCCGGAGCCUGGACAAGUGGGUGGACGACGGCUCCGGUCACCCUGGACCCAACACCUGCACCAAAGCCUGAAGACGGACUGAUUUGACCAACUCAUGGACUGACUCAACCUCGGUGGAAAAGCUUUAAAACUUAAGAGAAACUUAAAAAAAAAAAAAUACCUUGAAGCAACGUUUUGCCCUUAAACCUGUACUAUAUUGAUAUCUAUAGUAUCCAAAGAUGAAAAAACAAACCAAAGACUUCUUGUUUGACCUGCUUUGAAAUGUUUGUUUCAGCAACACAUUUUAUGUGUAACAUACUGCAAAAAGACUAUAAUUUCACCCCCCACACAUUCACUGUCACUGGUCUCUAGCUUUACUACAACCCCUCCUCACCUCCCCACCCAGUAACAAUCUAUCAUUCGCCAUCCUUAUCUCUAAUCUGAUUGGUCGGCUUUAAUGAUGGGUCCCUAAACGGAGGUUUAAUCAGCCUAUUGACAGUGUGAUCUGCAGCUGUCCACAGCCUUGGAGAGCAGCCAGAAUGUGGGAUUGGCCAAUCAACUUUAAAGAAACAUAAUCCUACAGGAGCGACUGGAUUGUUGUGCGACCUUGUUUGGAUCGGUGGCAGUCGACUGUCUGUCUCUCUAUCAAGCAUUCCAGACAGACAGGAGGGAUGCCCAUGCGUAGACUGCUAACCCUGAGCCAAAAUCUCAAACCAAGUUUCCCGAACCUCAACCCACAUGUUAGUGCUUUCUUCCAACAUGCUGAAGCGUUGAAUGAUAAAAAAAAAAAAAAAACAAGAAACCAAAGCCUUCGUCACCCUGACGCCUCACGCAGCUUAGAAAUAAAACCACCAAAAAUGCCACCAAGUAAUCUAACCAAAGAGAAUAUGUUUUAGUGGAUAAUCUUGAGAAUUUUUUUUUCUCAUUUCCUCCCUUACCUCCUUAGACAGACUGUUAAGUUAGGCGCCACAAAAGAAGAGAAUGUUAUAUAAGCUCAUUCAGCAUUUUGAGUCAUACUUAAAUGCAAAUACAAUAUAACAUACCGCCAAAAAGUAACCUACUGACAUUUGCCUUAUAGUUGCCUUUUUGAAUCAAACUGAAACUGAGAGGAUUUUUGUGACGAGUAAUCAUUUCAACCACAAUCUUUGCUGUUAGUCUGUUUCCACAGGUCCGGUUUAUUUGUUCAAAAAACAGUUGCUGCAAACUAAGAGAAACCCAUUCUGUAGGAUGUUCUCUCUACACUGGCUCCAUGUGCAGGCUCGACACUGUGAGGUCGCCUCUGAUGGGUUUAUUUAUUAUUAUUUUGAGGACAAACUCUGUCACCACCUUAAAAAUAAGCAUUCAGCUUUGCUCCAUCAUCCCCGUGCACUUCAUACGUAUUUGAUUUUAUCUCCCCAUCAGAGGUGUCGGGCGGCGGGGAUGAUAUCAAUGAUCAAAUCAAUUCCAGGUGAUUACAUGGCAAUGUCAACUCGUCACCUGAAUACCAAAGCGCCCCAUCCGUGCCCGCUGCCAAUCAACAGACCCCCUCCCCCCACUAUCCUGCCACCCGUCUCCUGGUGAGCUAUGCAUUUCAGCACUAGGAGGAAAGCACUACACACAGGGCCGGCUCAGGGCAGCGUAGCAUUAGAUAUAUUAAGCUGGCCCCUUGCCAUCAUCCUCCUCAUGGCCAGGGUUAGCAGCUCUACCUUCAUCAGAACAAGCGCUUAUGGAGAGGCGGGUGAGAGAGAGCUGCCUCAUCAUCUCCGAGAGACAAAACCAAAAAAAAGACGACAAGAAACAAAAAGAACGUGUCAAGACCUGCUGAUGUUUUAAAGUGUGAACCAAAGAUGCUACCUCACUCAAGUUCCAUACGUGAUUUCUAUCACUUUGAUGAUACCAAAGAUAACCAAAGAUUUUUUCUCAUUGCACGGCCUCUACGAGUGGUGUUAAAAGAUGGUGUAUGUCUCCCCUCCCCCAAUCCCUUUGGCUCUUCCCCUCUCUUCCUUUCUUCUCCCCCUCCCACCUGCACUCAACCCAUGCACCCCUGCUAUGCUUGCUCUCGCUUCAUCUGUGCUCUGAUUACAGCUUCAUAGAUAGUCAUGCUGAUGUAGCUAUAGGCGGAUAUGCUGAUCCAGCCAUAGAUACACACAACCGGGCCAAACAGGUGCCUUCGGGGUACAGCGAACUGUGAUCAGUCAGUGUUUUGGCAAGAGAAAAAAACAUCCAUUUCUUGGCAGAAAAGAAAGUAAACAUGUUAAAGAUUGCAAUGUGGCAAACCAAUCAGUAUGGAAAAUUAAGAUUUGAGUUUGGUUCGCCAACAAUUUCAACAGAGUCUCUGUGAAUUUGAUGGUACCCCUAUAGUGCCACUUUUUUUGUGAGUUUUACUUCCACUUGGCCUCAGCUUUCUACGUGUGUAUCUAUAGGUUGAUAAGAUUGAUCCAACAUGUAGGUCAGACAUCUUCACAUGACAGUAGGCAGACAAGCUAUCAUAGCCAUGGGAAGAAUCGCUGACUCAACAAUAGGCGGACAUGUUCAUGAAAGUAGAAGCAGACAUGUUGCAAUCUUUCUAAAACUCCCAGGACGAGUGCCUUGCUUGAACCAAAGUGUUAAACCGCUGUUGACCUCUCACCUUUGACUCUGUGAAUACCUCAGCCUGUAGAAAGGCCACUACUGAAGAAACAAGGAAAGAUUUUGUUUUAAUCACACCGUGGUGCUUUCGCCAGCGCAACCAUGCAAUGAAAACAAACCAAAGGAAUUUCUGUUGUCCACUUCUACAGAUUAAACCAAAGUUCUUAGUUUCUCCUCUCCCCUGCCCCCCUUUUUUACCCCUCCGCCCCUCCUUUCCCCAGCCUUCCUCGUCCCUGUGCUGUGUGUAGGAAGGUCCAGCACUCUGGCCGUGCAUGUCUUUACCAAUGUCUCUGAAUACCUCAUAGUAAUAAUUCCUUUGAGUUCUGCAUCGAGACGUCUAUCCGGGAGUAAGGCGGAACUCCCCUUGUGUGGUAAUUGUUAUUGUUACUUCAAAAAGAUGUAUGAUUAUCUAUUUUGUAGUUUGGGGGGGGGGGGGUGUUGGCAGAAGUGCUCUGUUUCAAGUCACGGAGGACACGUUUCAGGGUUGAUGUAUGAAACUUAUGGGGUGGAGGGAGAAGCGUAUUUUUUAUCAGACAUUGUUUUAUGCCAAUAUUAUGAUGGUAGACUAUUGCUUUUACAGGGUAAAACCAACUGCUGUGAUAUUGUGUUAAUAUUUUCCCCUUUUGUCUACUUCUGUGUUGUGAUUUUUUAUUUAAUUGCAUUUUUGUAUCGUUUAACCACUGCUUUAAUUUAUGCAUUUGUAGAAACUCUAGAUUUGUAUAUAGUAGGUUUUUUGGGAGAAAAAAAACAAACAAACAAAAAAAAGACAGUUUUAUGUUACAGCCUUAUUGCCCACGCUUAGAUAUGACAAAGGAGUAGUUUGUAUUUUUCUCUUCAGCUAAAUCCUAGCCGGCAUUUCAAUGUGUGUUUUAAACACUGCCAGAAAACCCAGACAGUUGGUUUGCCAAUGCAGACAAAGUCAUACAGGAGCUACUUUGUUGAACAGCAGGCAAAAAGCAGUGUGUACGUGUGUGUGUGCGUGUGUGUGCGUGUGUGUGCGUGUGUGUGCGUGUUUUCUAUUCUUUUGACUUUUUAAAAACUGUUAUUUUAUGGGUAUUACUGCACAUCCAAAGAUUUUUAAAACAAACCAAAAAUUUGAAAAAAAAAUAUGUUUAAUGUUGAAAAGCACUGGCAUUUGUGAGGUAGACUUGUUGAGUUUUGAUUUGCCAUUCGCACGGGUAUAGAAUGUAGAAGGCGUAGGGCUAUGUAGACGAGCUUACUCUACCAUGUGGGGAAUCUCCUGUUCAAUGUACAAUCUGAAGCAUCUGAAACGAGGGCUGCAAGUCCCGCUCACUUUGCUGUCUCAUGCACAGAGUGAGGUGGAGUGAAGGAUGGGCAGCCGGUCUGCCAGGGGCUGUGCCACGGAGCUGGGUCUGUUUUUAAUGCCGUGGCACUGCCGCCUCACUCCAUCUAGUAUCUGUUCUUUUGGUACGUACUCGUGUAAUGACUAUGAGCAAAGUCUAAUAAAACUUCAAAGAACCUUACCAAGGAAUCAUUGUGUGUGUGUGCGCGUGUGUGUGAAGGUGACGAUUCACUGGAUUGCUCAUCUUCUUCUCCUGUCUGUGGAUGAGUGAGAGUGUGCAUGCGUGUCCCAGCACUGCUGAGGCUUGCAGGUAUGCAAGGUGUAUGUGUGUGUGUGUGCUCAUUGGUAUAUUACUUUACUGUGUGUGUGUCCAUUGUUUAACUGCAUAUAAAGUCUUUGGUGUGUGUGUGUGUGUGUGUGUGGGGCUGAUUGGUGCGUAUCACAACAUUGCAGUUUCCUGUCUAUCAAGCUCAGACAGCACAGCAUCUCCAGGGACUGAAGGUUAUUAACAAACUGUCCAUGACAGAUUACACGGGCACAUUAUGCAGCCAUUGUGUUACAGACAGGAAACUGUGAACAGCCUGUAUUUAACAAAGAAUGAACGAUGCGGUGUGGACCAAUGCUUUCUAUUAUUUAGUUUGUCCAUAAGGAGUUCCCAUAUGAUGGGUAGCUUAGCUACAAGUCUCAUAACAAUACUGCAGCGCCGAAGACAAUCAUCUGGAUCUCUUACGCUGGGGAACUAGUUUCUCACCCACAGUGGGGUGUCCUCCGGCUAUUCAUAUACAAAGACGCUUGAAGGGUUUUGAUAAACAUGCAUAUUUGUUGUCAUAGCCAUUUAGGAAUAGAUCACAGUAGUACUUCAUCUUGGACUUGCAUUUCGAAAGGAAAUCUCAUUGCUCUCGUCGGCCUUGUUCUCUUGUCAACCUAGACCUUUCUUUUGAUCUCCUUCGUGACUCACAAUGCUUCUUCAGUUUUCACAGUGUGUGCGUGUGGGUGUGUGUGCAGGCGUGCCUGUUUGUGUGAGUGAGUGAGUGUAUGUGUGUGCGAGUCCCAGAGAGGUAAUACUGUCCGUGUUACUCUCAGAUGUAUAACUCCAUGUCUCAUGACUUGAUUUGUCAUUGCUGUUAUCUAAGCUUUGCUACUGCUUUCUCAGUGCCGUGCAAUAUCAUCUGUUGUGAUUGCUAAGCAAAUUGAAAAAAAAGGAAAGAAAAUUGAGAAGCAAGUGAUGAUGUCAUCCAGCUUUUUUCAGUGUUCAGAUGUUUCAACAUUUCUGUAGUCACAAAAAGUAGAAAAAAUAAACUGUUGGUAUUUUCCAGCUUCUGAA